CGAUAAAUUGAUACGAUAUCAACAUCCCUAAUCACAAUUAACUUAAUAAAUUUUGUACAACAAAAUAUACGGUGGUCGCUUGCUGCCAGCGUACACGCACAGAUCUCAAUCGCUUGGCGCAGCGUGAAAGCCUUACAGGGAGUUGUUAAAAUGGAACCACAAAUUUGUAGGCUAUGCUUGCGGGGUUGUGGUUCCCAGAUGUGCCUCCAAAUCUUUAACAGUGAAGCAGGUGAUGCAGGUGUCGAAGGUAACGUCCCAAAUGUUGCGGAAGUUCUACGGCAACACUUUUGGUUUGAGGUUUCACCGAACGAUGCAAUAUCAAAAGUCGUGUGCAAUGUGUGCUGGACACAGGUGUCUGAGUUCCAUCAGUUCUAUGUAUCGAUACAAGAGGCUCAGCUUAUUUUUGCCAAUGCCCCGAAAUUCAAACAGGAUCCUGAUCCGGAUAUGCUGAACACGUCGUGGCCCGAGGAAGUUAUGAUGCCGGCUGAAGAGCUCACAGUGGAUGGGGAUGCAAAUAAUGACUGCACUAGCACACAGGUCAACAUAAAUCCUUUAGAUGAACUUGACCUGGAGAUGGCAACGUAUGUGCACGUUGGUAGCGACAGCAAGCCGGAAAUCAAAUUGGAAAGGCUGACGCCCGACGAAUUCAUGAACCAAUUGGACGAUGUGGACAUUAUUGUUACACGAAGUGGUCGAAAGCGAAAACGUGAUACCGAAGCGAUUGAUAAAGAGCGAAGAGCCAAAGAGAAAAGGUCAGCGCAAUCCAAAGGCCAUGAGAAGCGUAAGACAACCGCAAAGCGGACGUUCAAGAAACAGCAGUGGCCCCCAUUCUGCAAAGAGGACGAAGACUUGAUAAAACGCUAUGUCGUAAUGGGCUGUGAGUUGUGCAUUUUCCUGGCGGAUGAUUUCGACGGUAUUCGAGAUCACUUCAAGGAUAAGCACCCAGACGAACGGCCAUAUGUGAAAUGCUGUGGGCGAAAGCUAAACAAACGUUGUCUAAUCGUGGAGCAUGCAAGACGCCACGAGAAUCCUGAAUAUAUUAAGUGCAACGACUGCGGCAAGGUAUUUGCCAAUUCGAGCGUGUUACGCGCCCAUUGGCUGGUGCACCAUGUGCCCGACGAGGAAUGCGACUUCCAGUGCGAGGAGUGCGGCAAGCGGUUCUCACGGCGCAAUCUCCUUGAAUUGCACAAGGGCUCGCAUGUGCCAGCCAACGAGCGCAAGUUCAUCUGCCCCGAGUGCCCCAAGCAUAAUGCCUUUGCCACCGAGUACCACAUGCAGGUGCACAUUAGCAUGCAGCACCGAAAGGCGGCCAAUGUGUGUCAUGUGUGCGGUAAGGAGAUCAAGGAUAAGGCUGUCUUCGAGAAGCACGUCCGCCUGCACUUCGAGGAGAGCGGGCCGCGUAUUAAGUGCCCACGGCCCGACUGCGAGAGCUGGCUGAAGGAUGAGGACAACCUAAAGCAGCAUUUGAGGCGCCACAAUGAUGAGGGUAAAACCUUCAUCUGCUCCGAGUGCGGCAAGAGUUGCAAGAACUCUCGCGCUCUUAUUGGUCACAAACGCUAUUCGCACUCAAAUACCAUCUACACCUGCGAGCAGUGUGGCAAAACCUUCAAAAAAGAUAUUAGCCUUAAGGAGCACAUGGCUCAGCACACUGGAGAACCCUUGUAUAAAUGCCCGUUCUGUCCCCGAACAUUCAACUCAAAUGCGAAUAUGCACUCCCAUAAGAAACGAAUGCAUCCCAAUGAAUGGGAUCACUGGCGUAAAACAAAGACGGGCAGCUCCCAAAAGGUGCUUCCCAGUGCUCAAGUCUCGCAAAUGUUCAGAGAAGAUACUGAAACGUUCUCCAUUCCGAAUAUUUCGAAUGUGUUUUAAAAGAGCUAGCAGACUUUUCCUAUACUGUUGUAUAUAUAUUACUUCUCUUGAGUGUAUAAAUAUGUAUGUAUAUAUGCAUAUAAAUGUUUAAAGAACCA